AUGUCUUUCAAGUUCAUCUUCGUCCUCGCCUUCGCCGCCGUCUUCACGAUGAGCAUCACUGUGCAGGCAUACAACUGUUACCCCGGCGUCCCGGGCAAGUGCUGCACGGGCACUGGAAGCGGCGAGUACAACGAGUGGAGCUACGACCAAUGCAUAGCAGCAGACGGCGGACUCGCCAACAGCCCGUACACCUGGUCCUGCGACGCCUACCCGGACAGAGCAGAGAAGUGCUGUACGAAUGUUGUCAACACCGACAAGCUCGGCUGCACCGGCCCGCUUGUGCUGUAG